UGUCGCCUUAUCUUGUAAGAAUGAUUGUGUCUAAUUUCUUAUCACGUAUUGAUAAUGACAAUCGAAACAUUGAAAUAUGGUGCAGUAAUGAAUAUGAAUUACACAUGAAAUUUGCAAAAAAUUUUGCUGAAAAUAUCACGUUGUUUUUUCAAAAUUAUUCGAAUUCACGUUUGAACAUAAUUUGGAAGGUGAUUCAUGUUGCAAUUCCAAAUUUUCAUGACAAUGGCAUAAUAUAUUUCGGACUUGUUUUUUAUAAGGAAACAGAUAUCAUCUACGAUAAAAAAUUAUAUCCUAUUACUCGCAAAAUCGAAGUAGCUCAAUUAGUAGGACGUAAAGUGAUACAGGAAUGGUUUAAUAUCCUGUUGAACAAUCCGUUAGUGGCGAAUUAUUGGAUGAAAAAAGGUUUUAGUGCAUUAUUUGCAACGUAUGCUGUUAGUAAGACUUAUAAAGAUCAUCGAAUAAUAAAUUUAUUUGUUGUUCAAAAUCAACACUACUCUUUUAAUUUGGAUAGUUAUUACAUGUUAAAUUCUACUUCACGUGUUAACAGUUCAUUGGAAAUUCCCAAUUUUAUCAGAGCUCCUUUUAUACUGCGCAUGAUGGAACGCUUACUAGCUAAAGAAACAUAUAGUGAAUUAAGGAGCCUAUAUUACAGGUUAUCACAUUGUUUAAGUUUUGCGGAUUUUAUUGCAAAGUUUACUGCAACAAUAAAUCAAGAUGCGCGUGUACAACUAAUGAGAAUGGAAGAUUGGGCUUCGCAAAGGCGUUGCCCUCUCAUUAAAGUAGCACGAAAUUAUAGUGAUCCUAAAAACCAAACACAAGUAUGGGUACAAUACUUUAACGACAAAAUAGAAGUUAGUUACAUUCCAUUAACUUUUACUACGGAAACAUCUCCCAACUUUAACAAUUUCACUACUUAUUUUUUACCCGUGUCACGGUAUUAUGUAUUUUCAUUUAAAGAGGAUCGUUGGGUAAUAUUCAAUCUACAACAAGUUGGUAAAUAUCGACAAAUAAACUUAUUAUGA